AAUAGUACUUGUUGACUACAGGAGUGUAACAGCUGUUGUAUCUAUACCGAAUACCUGUCCAACAACUAACUUUCAAUAAUCAUGAUGAAGCGAUACGUAUUGUUUCUAGCCUUAGGUCUAUGCAUCUCUAUCGGGCAGUCUUUUCUUUUCCCAAAAUAUGCGGUACAACUUUGCCUCAUUCCUUUGCAAAAUCAGGGCCAGUGUGUUCUAUGCAACGCCAAAACAUUUGGCGACACGGUUCUGGCAUGUACAAGACAGUUUGGAUUGUCACCGCCCCUGCUUCCUGAUCAGACAACAUGUUUCAUCAAUACCUGCAAAGCUCAAAUAACUCAUGCGUCAAGAGCAAUCGUGCUGGCAACAAUUCCUAUUACAACCAAUGUGCUCAAUACUUCUCAAUUUGGAGAUCCAGAAGAGAAAUAAAAUGUCAUCUACAAUAAUGAACUUCCCAUCAUAACGAUCUAUAGAAUCAUUUAUUUUGCCAAGAUCAAAAAAAGAUGUAUAGACGUUGAUUAACUUACUCAGGAUCAAAGCCAUGCAUCGAUAUCAACUAAUUUCCUAGGAUCAAAGGGACAGAUAGACGUUGAUUAACUUACUCAGGAUCAAAGCCAUGCAUCGAUAUCAACUAAUUUUCCUAGGAUCAAAGGGACAGAUAGACGUUGAUUGACUUACUCAGAAUCAAAGCCAUGCAUCGAUAUUAACUUAUUUUUUCACGAUCAAAGGGGUGAAACUAAAUUGAUUAAUUUCCUUAGAAUUAGAGCGAUCUCACCCACAAAAAUUAUGUUAAAACACGAGUUGAACGUUAUAUCAAUUUGAAAAUCCAACACAAAACGUAAUUUCUAUUUUGGUAUCAUUGAUAUUGUGCAUUUCAUAUUUGAAUGUUAUUCAGUUUCAAUACCGAAAUAAAUUUUUCUGUAUGUA